ACCGGCCAUGGAGAAAGCUCCGCCGCAUGUGCUCGUAUUCCCAUUCCCAAUACAAGGCCACAUCAACUCCAUGGUCAAGUUAGCCAACCUCCUCUGCAUAGCUGGCAUCCACGUCACCUUCCUCAACACCGACCACAUCCACCACCUCCUCCUCCGCUCCAACUCUAACCUCCUCGCCCGCCGGCCCGGCCUCCGAUUUCAUAGCAUCUCAGACGGCCUCCCGCCGGAUCAUCCCCGCUCGGCCGUUAAAUUCAUGGAGCUCUACGACUCGCUCAGAUCGGUCACGAAGCCACUCCUCCGGGCGAUGCUGGCAGGAUCCUGCGGGCCGCCGGAAUCUGACGACAAGGUGACGUGUAUCGUAGCGGAUGGCAUCUUGUCGUUCGCGAUCGACGUCGCGGAUGAGCUGGAAUCCCGACUGUUACCUACCGUACGGCGAGCGCGUGCAGCUUCUGGGCUUAUUUCUGUGGUCCCGCACUUUUUGCAGGAGGAGAGUUCCCAUUCGAAGGUAAGCUCCUGGCCUCGACCCAAGUCUUUCCUUUGCUCGGGCGCGGAUUGGAUAUUCUCCACCAGGGGGUAGCUAGAGACGGACGGUCCUCUUAAGGGACCUGUGGGGCCCACCGUGAUGUAGAUGUUUUAUCCAUGCUGUACAUCCAUUUUGACGUAUCAUUUUAGGCCGUAAGCCUAAAAAGUUGGUAGAUUGAAGGAUCAAGUGAACCACACCACAAGAAGCAGUAGGGAUUAAAUUCCCACCGUUGAAAACUUUCUAAAGGCCACCGUGAUGUAUAUUCUCCAUCCAAUCUGUUCAUAAGAUUACAUCAACCUUUAGGAAGGAAAAACAUAAAUAUUAGCUUGAUCCAAAACUACCGUGGCCUCCGAGAAGUUUUCAACAGUUAGCUUUCAAUCCCCACUCAUUCCCGUGGUGUGGUCUACUUGAGCCUUUCAUUUGCCUCCUUUUUCGGAUCAUGCCCUGAAAUGAUUUGUCUAAAUGGAUGGAUAGUGUGGAUAAAAUAUAUACACCACUGUGGUCCCCACAUAGCCCCUGACAGGAUCCUUCAUCUUGUUGCGCCGCAC